AUGCAAGGCAUUGUUGCCUACUGCUACACGAUGCUGUUUCUCUAUGCAUUUCGAUUUUGCUCCAUCUGUCUUCAUGCAUCUGCAUUUAUGUGUCUGUCUGUCUUAGUGUGUGUAUGUGUGCGUAAUGCAAUAGCAUCAAUCGCAAGUGCCAUAUGUAUGCGUGCUGCUACUGCCUACCGCAGCAACCAUGGCAACCGAUGGGCUAUCUGUGAAGAGUGUAGUGACGGUAGUACCUCUUCUGCGGUUCCCGCGGUGGCUAUUGGUGCAUGUGGUGUUAUUUAUAGCUUUUCUUAA